CUGUAUUCCGACCAUGGUCAUGUCUUCCCUGGACCUCCCCAGCCUUGUCUCACUUUCCUCUAAAGGAGGCCACACUGAGCUGCUUGGAUCAAGAGGUUGGUGGUGGUCACUGUGGUUCGCUCCAACACAUCAACACUCAACACAUCCUCAAGGUCCCUGUUAGGCUGGAUGAGAUGAGAUCCCUAUGUAGUGGUCGUCAUGGCAACUUGUGACUCUCCCCCUAUGGUGUCGUCACGGCAGCAGGAACAUGGUGGCCAAAGGCUGGACGCUGCUGCUGAGGACAACUCCCUCAUGGCCAUGGAGACCAGUGUCGCUAACAGAAACAACGCCAACAACAACAACCAAUCAUCACCUGCCGCCGUUAGAGAGCCAGGGAAUGGCCUUGGACAGCCUGUUGUGACCCCGCUGACGUCCACUGUUACCCCCACCACUGUCAGUGCAACCACCGACCCUCUAACUGAACAGAGUCGGAGAGAAAGCUUUACUACCAGUAACAAAGGGAGUGUUGCUGGGACUUUACCAGGAGUAGGAGGAGGAGCAGUUUUGGGUUCGGACUGUUCUGCCCCAGCCACUUCUCCUGUGGCGCCGGCAAAGGAGAUCCCCUGCAACGAAUGUUCUAAUUCCUUCUCCAGUUUACAAAAAUACAUGGAGCACCACUGCCCCAAUGCCCGUCUGCCUACCACUGGAGGUCACGAGGAGGGUGAAGAGGUUGAAGGGAUGGUAGGGGAGGAGAGUGAAGAUGAAGGAGAGCGUGAGUUGGGUGGUGCAGAAGUGGGGGAAAUGAACAGUGAGGUGGAAAUGGAAGAGGAGGAUAGCGAUGUGGAGAAUCUGUGUGGUGAUAUCAUCUACCAGCCCGAUGGCUCUGCCUUCAUCCUGGAGGACUCCAAAGAGCAGCGUGGCAACCAGGGGGGGCUCUCUGGGGCUCUUCAAUUCAGGGGCCUGCUGUCCCCCCAAACCUUCCCCAGUGUCCAGGCCAGCAGUGGCCAGAGUGGCCUGAGCCCAGGGGGGGAGCGGUUGGAGCAGCCCGCUGCACCCAUGUCCUUCUAUCCCCAGAUCAUAAACACCUUCCACAUCGCCUCAUCCCUGGGGACUAAUUCCCUAGUGGCUGACCACCCCUCCUUCCCAAAUACCUCAGCUGGAGGGCUGGUGGGCGCUGGUCCCAUGUUGCACAGUUUCCGUGUCUAUGACCUCCGCCACAAGAAUGACAAAGACUAUCUUACAGCGGAUGGUGCAGCCAAAAACUCCUGUGUGUCCAAAGAUGUCCCUAACAAUGUGGACUUGUCCAAGUUUGAGGGCUGCGUUGCUGAUGGGCGGCGGAAGCCUGUGCUGAUGUGUUUCCUGUGCAAGCUGUCUUUUGGCUACAGCCGUUCCUUCGUGACACAUGCUGUCCAUGACCACCGUAUGACCCUGAAUGAUCAGGAGCAGAAACUGCUGAGCAACAAGCAUGUCUCUGCCAUCAUCCAGGGCAUCGGCAAGGACAAAGAACCUCUUAUAAGCUUUCUGGAACCAAAAAAACCCCCCAACUCUGUGCUACCCCACUUUCCUACACCUGCCAACUUCCUAGGGCCAGACACGGGGCUCCGUGGAUUGUGGAAUGCUUUCCACAGUAGUGGGGAGAAUGCAGAUUCCCUUCAGGCAGGAUUUGCCUUCCUGAAGGGCAGUGCCAGCAGCUCCUCCAAUGACCAAACCCCCAGAACCCAAACCAUGCCAAAGGCUGAGACCAACCCAAACCUCGGGGGAGGGGCUGGUGCCCACAGAACCUCCAGCGGUUCUGCUGCUGCUGCCACUGGUGGUAACCUGGAAGGUCAGAACUCUGAUAGUGACUGCAAAGGCCACGUUAGGGACACAUGCACUUUGCAACCCAAUGGGCCGGACCUGAGCCAGUACUCGCCUAUCAAGCGGGAGCCCGGUGUAGUGGGAGGAGAAAGUCCAGAGCAGGAUGAGGAUGCUUACUCCAACGGUGGUGGAGUAGAAAUGGAGGCAGAUGAGGAGGAGGAGCGGGCCAUGAACAUGGCCAUGACAGGCCAGCGGGCCGACAGCACCAGUAGCAAAGAUUUCCCUCUCUUAAACCAAAGUAUUUCCCCCCUUUCCAACAGUGUGCUAAAGUAUAAUAUUGACAGCAAAGGCCCUGCCUCAACCUCCUCUUCCUCCCUGCCUGUAUGUGAGAAGCUGGAGAUGGAGAAGAGCCGCCUGUCCACAGCCCUGGCAGCUGCCAGAGAGCGGGAGAGCAGCAACGAUUCAACCAGUGAAGCCCUGGCAGGACGUGAUGGGUCAUCGCCAUCCUCCCACCCCCUUGAUAUGAUGAUGUUGCGCAGAGAUGAUGAGAGUCCGGGGCCUCUGUAUCAACACACAGGAAAUCCAAGUACACCUGGAACUCCAGGGACACCUGGUACUCCUGGUCCAGGUGAAGGAUCACCUGGUAGUGGGGUGGAGUGCCCAAAGUGUGACACAGUCUUGGGAUCCUCACGGUCACUGGGAGGGCAUAUGACGAUGAUGCAUUCACGCAACUCCUGCAAGACGCUGAAGUGUCCCAAGUGUAACUGGCACUACAAGUAUCAGCAGACGCUGGAUGCUCAUAUGAAGGAGAAACAUCCAGAGUCUGGUGGAUCGUGUGUGUACUGCCGCACAGGACAGCCUCAUCCUCGUUUAGCCAGGGGCGAAAGCUAUACCUGUGGAUACAAGCCUUUCCGCUGUGAGGUAUGCAACUACUCAACCACCACCAAAGGCAACCUUAGCAUCCACAUGCAGUCGGACAAGCAUCUGAACAACGUACAAACGCUCCAGAAUGGUGGCAGUGAGACACAAUACAACCACAACCAUGCCAAUCCUGUGCCCAGUGCCAGCCUUGGUGGAGGCUGUGGUGCACCCUCGCCAUCCAAACCCAAACAGAAGCCCACUUGGCGCUGCGAGGUGUGUGACUAUGAGACCAACGUGGCAAGGAAUUUGCGAAUCCAUAUGACCAGUGAGAAACACAUGCACAACAUGAUGCUGCUGCAGCAGAACAUGAAGCAGAUCCAACACAGCCUCCAUCUGGGCCUGGCCCCAGCCGAGGCAGAGCUCUACCAGUACUACCUGGCUCAAAACAUGGGCCUGGCAGGCGUGAAGCUGGAGAGCCCGGCCGGCAGCAGUGGCCCAGAUGCCCAGAUGAUGAUUAACCCAUUCCAGCUAGAUCCGGCGACCGCGGCUGCUCUUGGAUCGGGUCUCGUGAAUAGCGACCUGUCAGCUGAGCUGCGUCUUGCCAGUGGUCAACUGAUGGCAGAUGACCUGUCCUUGGUGUCCUCGGGCGGAUUGGGGGGCAUGUCCUCGUCAGACCCCUCCUUGUCCUCCCUGUCGCCGCCCAUCAACGACCCCUCGCUGCGCCUCUACCAGUGCGCCGUGUGCAACUGCUACUCCACAGACAGCCUGGAGGCCCUCAACGCCCACGUCAUCGCCGAGCGCGCCUUGCCCGAAGAGGAGUGGCGCUGCGUGGUGGGCGACGUCUACCAGUGCAAGCUCUGCAGCUACAACACGCAGCUCAAGGCCAACUUUCAGCUGCACUGCAAGACAGACAAGCACAUGCAGAAGCACCAGCUGGUGGCCCACAUCAAGGAGGGAGGCAAAGCCAACCAGUGGAGAUUAAAGUGUGUGGCCAUUGGCAACCCGGUGCACCUCAAGUGCAACGCCUGUGACUACUACAGCAACAGCGUGGAUAAACUGAGGCUACAUGCCACCAACCAGAGGCACGAGGCCGCCAUUCGUCUCUACAAGCACUUGCAGAAGCUGGACGGCGCCUACAGCCCGGAGUCGUGCGUCUACUACUGCGCACUGUGCGACUACUCCACGAAGGCCCGCCUCAACCUGGUGCAGCACAGUCGCUCGGCUCGCCACCAGCAGAACGAAGGACUGAGGAAACUCCAGCUGCACCAGCAAGGCCUGGGCGGGGACGAGGAUGGACUGAGCCUGCACGAGGUGUUCCAUGUCAAGGAGUGCCUCUCCAGCCAAGGAGUGAUCGCCAUGUCCAAAGAGCUUACCGGACAGAAUGCUGCGGUUAAACAUUCCCUCCCGCCAGAUCGACAAAUUGAAAGCCCACCAAAGAGGCCAAAGUCUGCUGAGGGAAAGACAUCUGCCAAUGAGCAGGUUCAGCAGUGUCCGUAUUGCAACUACAGCAGUAAAGAUGCCAACCGUAUGCAGCUCCAUGUGAUGUCCCAGCAUUCCAUGCAGCCAGUUAUCCGCUGCCCACUGUGCCAGGAUGUCCUGAGCAACAAGAUUCACCUGCAGCUGCAUCUCACACACCUUCACAGUGUGGCUCCUGACUGUGUGGAAAAGCUUAUUAUGACGGUCGUUGGACCUGACACAGCAGCACCAAAUAAUGUUAUGCAUCCCCAAACUGGACAAGACAAAGGUCUAUCUCUGAUGGAUUCCUCUACCUCCCUUACUGAUGGGUGUGGAAAAUCUCAAGGAAACAUCUUAAAGGAUGAGCUGACCAGUCAAGAAAAGAAUGAAUUGGACCCUCAGGGUGAGGAAGUCAAGCCCCCAAAGGAGGCCUCAGAGGCCCCAGACUGGAAGAGAGCCAGUGGGUUAGGACAUGAUACCAAAUCCCCUGAUACCCUUCAAGACCAUCUCAGUGAGCUCCAAAGACUCCAGCAGCAACAACAGCAGCUCUCAGUAUCUGAUCGUCAUGUCUAUAAGUAUCGUUGCAACCACUGCAGCCUGGCCUUCAAGACAAUGCAGAAGCUUCAGAUACAUUCCCAGUACCAUGCCAUCAGAGCAGCCACUAUGUGCAGCCUUUGCCAGCGCAGCUUCAGGACAUUCCUGGCUCUCAGGAAGCAUUUGGAGAAUGGACAUCCUGAACUUAGUGAAGCUGAAGUGCAGCAGCUAAUAGGAAAUCUCCCAACUAAUGGAGAUAUCACUGAGAGUGAGGCCAGGGCCUUAGAGGAAGCUCAGGCCUUUGAACAUGACUUGGACAAAGAUGAUGACAUUGACCAGGAAGAGAAGCCCAGUCCUACGGGAAGUGACAGUAGCUCUCUGCUUGAUGACAUGGGAGCAGAACCUAAACGAACCUUACCAUUUAGAAAAGGGCCCAACUUUACAAUGGAGAAAUUUUUGGACCCCUCUCGUCCUUACAAGUGCACAGUAUGUAAGGAGUCCUUUACCCAAAAGAACAUCUUACUAGUCCACUAUAAUUCAGUUUCCCACUUGCAUAAGUUGAAGAAAGUCCUUCAAGAAGCAUCAAGUCCAGUCCCACAAGAGACAAGCAACAGCACUGAUAACAAACCAUUUAAAUGCAAUAUUUGCAAUGUUGCCUACAGCCAAAGUUCAACACUUGAAAUUCAUAUGAGGUCCGUACUCCACCAGACCAAAGCAAGAACAGCCAAAACUGAAAUGAGCAGCAGCAGCAGCAGCAUCUCUGGUACUAGUGGUCCAGUGCCUGCAAAGAGUCCAGCACCAAGCACACAAGGGAACAGCAGCAACUCGGAUGCUGCAAGAAGUGGCACACCCUCUGCUAACAAAGAAAACACUGUGGAUCCCAAAGAAGCUCACAGCAGCAACAGUAAUAAACAAACAACUACUGACCAUAUUUCAGCACAGGCAAGCAUUCACCAGUCAGCGCAGUCCUCAGCCCAACUGCAACUGCAGCUUCAGCAUGAACUCCAGCAACAAGCUGCUUUCUUCCAGCCUCAGUUUCUUAAUCCAGCUUUUUUCCCCCAUUUUCCAAUGACCCCAGAAGCACUUCUACAGUUUCAACAACCACAGUUUCUGUUCCCCUUCUACAUCCCUGGAGCUGAAUUCAACCUGAGCCCAGAACUUGCGCUUCACUCAGCAGCAGCUUUUGGAAUGCCUGGCCUCACUGGAUCAUUCUUAGAGGAUCUGAAGCAGCAGAUGCAACAGCAGCACCAGCUGCAGCAGGCUCAGGCACAGCAACAAGCUCAGCAGCAGCAGCAGCAACAGCAAGCCUCUCAGAAACAGUCUCAAAUUCAGCAGCAGAAAAAUCAUCAACUGCAGAACCACAAAACCAAAAUGGAGUCAGGGACUAUUUCAAUUUCAGAAAUUCAAAUGUCAAGAGAGGCAGAGGACCACUUAGAAAAACAAGAGAACAGAGCCAAAAUGGAAAAUGGUGGUGAUGCAUUAGGUGAUGUUGGAAAAGACAACAGAGAUUCUAAAAAGUCAAAGUUCUCAGAGCCAUUGAUUCCCCCCCCACGUAUUGUGUCAGGAGCAAGGGGCAAUGCAGCCAAAGCACUGCUAGAGAACUUUGGAUUUGAGUUAGUCAUCCAGUACAAUGAAAACAGACAACGAAACCAAAAGAAAAACAAAGAAGGAGUUGAAAAUGCAGAAAUGAACAAUGAUAAGCUUGAGUGUGGAAUGUGUGGAAAGCUCUUCUCCAAUAUGCUUAUUCUCAAAAGUCACCAGGAACAUGUGCACAGUCAAUUUUUCCCAUAUGUGGAGCUUGAAAAGUUUGCCCAGCAGUACAGAGAGGCUUAUGACAAACUCUAUCCAAUAAACCCUGCUUCACCGGAGACUCCACCACCGCCGCCUCCACCACCUCCUCCUCCUCCGCCACCUCCUGCUCCAGCCCCAGUGACGGCUCCACAGCCUCCAUCUACAUCAAUGACCAAGCCCCAAACCCCAGUACCUUCACCGGUUCCUGCUUCCCACCAGACCCCACACCAACCCUCUCACCAGGCACCACCAUCCCAGCCACCACCAACUCCUCAAACACCCUCUGCCCCAUCUGCACCACCCCAAGUACAGCUUCCUGUUUCCUUGGAUCUGCCCCUUUUCCCACCUCUAAUGAUGCAGUCUGUCCAGCACCCAGGCAUGCCCCCUCAGCUGGCCCUCCAACUGCCCACAAUGGACUCUCUUUCCACAGACCUUACACAGCUUUGCCAGCAACAAUUGGGUCUUGAUCCAAACUUUCUCCGUCAGUCUCAGUUUAAGAGGCCUCGCACUCGUAUUACUGAUGACCAGCUUAAGAUCUUGCGUGCCAACUUUGACAUCAACAAUUCUCCCAAUGAAGAGCAAAUCCAGGAGAUGUCAGAGAAAUCUGGCUUGCCCCAAAAAGUCAUAAAGCACUGGUUCCGUAACACACUUUUUAAAGAAAGACAGCGGAGUAAAGACUCUCCCUACAAUUUUAAUAUUCCUCCUAUUACUACAUUAGAAGAUAUUCGAAUGGAGCCCCAGCUCAGUGCCCAUGAAUAUUACAGAACCGAGUCAUCCAUCAACAAGAGGUCCUCCAGGACCAGAUUCACUGAUUACCAGUUGAGGGUACUUCAGGAUUUCUUUGACACUAAUGCCUAUCCAAAGGAUGAUGAGAUUGAGCAGCUCUCCACCGUGCUCAAUCUACCAACCAGAGUCAUUGUAGUGUGGUUCCAGAAUGCCCGCCAGAAAGCGCGCAAGAGCUAUGAGAACCAGGCAGAUUGUAAAGAUAAUGAGAAAAAAGAGCUGACCAAUGAGCGAUACAUCAGAACCAGUAACAUGCAGUACCAGUGCAAAAAGUGCAACAUUGUGUUUCCACGCAUCUUUGACCUUAUCACUCACCAGAAAAAGCUGUGUUAUAAAGAUGAAGAUGAGGAAGGCUAUGAGGACCAAUCUUUUGAGGAAUACACAGAUUCUGUUGAGCAGGGUCCCGUUAGGAUUACCCAAGGACCUUUAGAGCCACCUAAACAGUCCCAAACAGGAACUGCCACCAGUUCUGGCUCAAGCUCCCCUGUGAUGGCCUCUCCUCGUGCCAGUUUGGGGAAAAUGUCCCCUAAGCCAGACAUUGGCCCUGAAACUGAAAUUAAACAAACUGAGACUGCCCAGUCACCAGUGAUCAAGUCACUACCAGAGCCCAGACCAUCUAAGGCUUGCACUCCUCAGCCACCUCCUCAGAAGGCUCCCCAGCCACAAAUAUCAAGACCCCAUUCCCAGCCACAGGCAGCAGCAGUGCCCUCAAGUCCACUGUCUUUGGCCCUUUCCUCACUCACAAACAGUCUCCCCCACCAAAUGCUUCAGUACCAGUGUGACCAGUGCAAGAUUGCAUUCCCCACUAUUGAGCUAUGGCAGGAGCACCAGCACAUGCAUUUCUUGGCUGCCCAAAACCAAUUCCUUCAUUCUCAGUUCCUUGAAAGACCCAUUGAUAUGCCCUACAUGAUUUUUGAUCCCAACAACCCCCUAAUGGCUAGCCAGCUGUUAUCUGGAGGUCUUUCCCAAAUCCCAUCUCAGGGUAGCUCUGGUUUGGCCUCCGCAGCAGGCUCUGGAGCAAUGAAAAGGAAACUGGAUGACAAAGACGAAAGUGGUAAUGACAAAGAUGGAGGAAAUAGUAGUGAAGAGCAACACAGAGAUAAACGUUUGAGAACCACCAUUACACCAGAACAACUGGAGAUUCUCUAUGACAAAUACCUACUUGACUCUAACCCAACAAGGAAGAUGUUGGACCAUAUUGCACGAGAGGUUGGCUUGAAAAAGAGAGUUGUGCAAGUUUGGUUCCAAAAUACCCGUGCAAGAGAGAGAAAGGGGCAGUUUAGAGCUAUAGGGCCCUCCCAGUCCCACAAGAAGUGUCCCUUCUGCAGAGCACUGUUUAAGGCUAAAUCUGCUCUAGAUAGUCACAUAAGAUCCAGACACUGGCAUGAGGCUAAGCAGGCAGGCUUUAGCUUGCCCCCAAGCCCAAUGAUGAAUCAAGACAAUGAAAGAGGAGAAAGCCCAAAUAAAUAUAAUUUCUUUGACUUCUCACAGCUGCCUACCAAGACUGAGCCAAAUGAAUAUGAGCUGCCUGCUGCAUCCUCAACCCCACUCAAACCAUCUGAUGCACAGGUAAAAAACUUCUUAAGCCCUUCAUCCUUAAAAGCUGAAAACUGUGAUGAAACUGAAGGGCCUAAUAUGAAUUCAGCAGAAGCUUCAUCUUAUGAUCUCAGUAAGAUGGACUUUGACGAGACAUCAUCAAUUAAUACAGCCAUAAGUGAUGCUACAACUGGAGAUGAGGGUAAUAACAAUGAGAUUGAGAGCCUCACUGCCAAUGGAGGAGACAAGUUGAGUGACAACAGGUGUGGCCUGUUGCCAAAUUCCGAUGUUGGCAAUGAAAGGUUCCAAUUCAGCAUGGUUAGCCCUUCCCUGAGCUUUUCUGGAAGAGACUGUGACUCUUAUUUUAGCUCCAGGGAUGAUGACAUGGAUGAAAGCAAUGACAGGAGUGAGUCAUCAAGCCUAGCUGAUCCUAGUUCCCCUAGUACCUUUGGGACAGGUAACCCUUUCAAGUCUGGCAAAGGCAGCAAUUCUGGGGACAGGCCAGGCCACAAACGCUUCAGGACUCAGAUGAGUAACCUGCAACUUAAAGUUCUUAAGGCCUGUUUUAGUGACUACCGCACUCCCACAAUGCAAGAGUGUGAGAUGCUGGGCAAUGAGAUUGGACUCCCUAAGCGUGUUGUUCAGGUGUGGUUCCAGAAUGCCCGUGCUAAAGAAAAGAAGUUCAAGAUUAACAUUGGAAAGCCAUUCAUGAUAAGUCAAGGCUCACCAGAGGGGCCCAGGCCUGAGUGUACCUUGUGUGGUAUAAAGUACACUGCCCGGAUGUCUGUACGAGACCACAUUUUCUCCAGACAGCACAUCGCCAAAGUGCAAGAAACCCUGGGAAACCAGGUGGAUAGAGAAAAGGACUACCUAGCACCGACCACUGUCCGUCAGCUGAUGGCCCAGCAAGAGAUGGACCGCAUGAAGAAAGUUGGUGAGGGACUUAGCCUGCCUGGCCAGCAGCAACAGACUUCAGUGGACAACAGUAAUGCACUUCAUGGCCUCAGCCUACCCUCAGGCUACCCAGGGUUAUCUGGCCUACCACCCGUGCUACUUCCUGGGGUCAAUGGGCCAUCAUCACUUCCUGUUUUCCCACCCAACACACCUGCUUUAGCGUCUCCCGGUGCUGGCAUGCUUGGGUUCCCUACACCAGCCACCCCCUCUCCUGCCAUGUCUCUCAGCACUACCCCAACCAAGACUCUUCUGCAGACUCCUCCUCCUCCUCCUCCACCUCCUCCUCCUCCUCCUGUUCCCUCCACACCUUUGGCAGCAGCAAAUCAUACAGAGCAGCAAGGCAAAGACACAGAGAGAGACCGCAGCAAGAAAUCAGGAGACAAGUCACUGCAGAUGAAGGUGAAGGAACAAGAGAACGAGAGUGGCUCACGCCCUGAGACCCCAAGCAUGGCUAAGAAAAGGGAGAAACAACGUUCAGCUCCAGGGAAACCAGGAAAUGAGACUGCAUUGGAUGCGUCACAGCUCCAGGCACUUCAGAAUGCUCUUGCGGCAAGUGAUCCCACCUCUUUCUUGGGGGGGCAGUUCCUGCCCUAUUUUUUCCCUGGAUUUCCAAACUGCUUCUCUCCCCAGCUUCCUAGAGGGGUCCAGGCAGGGGGCUACUUCCCACCACUGUGUGGAAUGGAAAACCUGUUUCCAUAUGGCCCGGCAGCAGUCCCACAAGCUGCCAUGGCAACUGGUCUCUCCCCGACCGCUCUCCUGCAGCAGUACCAGCAGUACCAGCAGUCCCUUCAGGAUUCACUGCAGAAGCAACAACAGCAGCAGCAGAAACAACUUGAGCAACAGCAGAAACAACAGCAGCAGCAGCAACAGAAACCCACCCCUGUGAAGACACCCCAGAGCAUACAGAGCACCACCACCAACUCUUUCAAACCAAAAGAUGCUAUAGAUGCUAAGGAUGACACCAACAAAGGCUCUUCAACAGAAAGCACAAAAGAAGAUCCCAAAACAGAUACCAAAAGUACCAUGGAUUUUCCAGACGCUUUUAUUGUACCGUCCGUCAAGCAUGAGUUUAUAUGCAGGAAGUGCCAGAUGAUUUUUGCUGAUGAAGAUUCAGUGGUGCGUCAUCAGAAGUCCUUCUGUUACUUCGGACAUCCUUUUACUGACCCGCAAGAGACAGUGCUUCGAAAAGCAGUGAGCAACUACACUUGUGUUGCCUGCAAUGUGGUUGUUAACGGGAAUGAAGCACUUGGCCAACAUCUUCAGUCGAGCUUGCACAAAGAGAAAACAAUCAAACAAGCAAUGAGAAAUGCCAAAGAGCAUACUAGAUUAUUACCUCACUCUGUCUGCUCCCCUACUCCUAACACCACAUCUACCUCGCAGUCUGCAGCUUCUUCUAAUAACACCUUUCCUCAUCUCUCUCGCUUGUCCAUGAAGUCCUGGCCAAAUGUCCUGUUCCAGGCCACCACAGCCCGGAAAGCUGCUUCCUCCUCCCCGUCUGCCUCUCCUCCUCCCCCCCUCUCCUCACCUUCAACGGUUACCUCAACUUCCUGCAGCACCUCAGGGGUUCCAACCUCACUACCCACCGAGAGUUGUUCAGAUGAGUCUGACAAUGAGCUAAGCCAGAAGCUGGAUGAUUUAGAGAACGCGUUGGAAGUCAAGGCUAAGCCGGCCUCUGGCCUAGACGCGAGCUUCAGUAGUAUCAGAAUGGAUAUGUUCAGUGUGUAGGAGUGACAAAAGGAUCCCUUGCUUAAAGAAAAAAAUAAGACUUUUUAAACUGCAGUUCCAAAGUCUCUCUUAACCCAAAAAAUUACAGUACCAAAUGAUUGACUCAGGAUUGUUUUUCCCAUAUUGAUAUGCUGGCAAGAUAUUGAUUGAUUUUUGUUAUGGACAGAACUGUUGCAGAUGCUUGACUGAGCUUAUAUUGUAUACAAAAACAUGGAGUAGGAAAAAAUCCCACAGGCUCCCUUGGGGAGCUUGUUUCAAGCCAAAAACUCUCACGAUAGCAAAUUGCACCUCAGCUGGAUUGUUUUCCAAAUGCUAGCAUGUACUGUAUGGGAUGACGAUCCAGAACCCUCAAAGAGAAUCUCUCUUAGUUUAGAUAGGUGUAAUUCAGUAGCUUUAAAUUCUCAGGUCAGAACAUAACAUUUCUCAUUUGUUAAAGCAGCAACAAGCCUGGGUACACUUGGCUUAUAACCAAAACAUGUCAAGCUUUAUCGGACGCAUUUCCUUGAUGUGUAUAGAGUACCAAGAGACAAUAUUACUGUUACAAUGGACGAUGUGCAUAUCCUUUUAGUUUUGCCCUACAAAGACAGUAUGGUUUUGCCACUGAGGGAAUAUAGAAUGGUGAAGUAAAUGUGUAUGAUGCCCCUGUGUUUGCCAGUUUGUAUUUCAACAAGCUGUAUCUAUUUCCCACCCCAUUUUUUCCUUUUUUUCUUGUAGUAUAUACUAAUCUGUGCCAACUCUUACCUUCUCACUUUUACCUCUGCUCACACCCUUUUCUGAAGAGGUAAUAACUCUAGUUUUGAUAGACUCUCUCGGAUUAUGUGAAUAUAACAUUUUUCAUUUGUGAAUUGCUGUACUGUUACGGUACCUGCUUGUGUCUGGACUAUAGUGCACUUAUUUUGUUUUUGUUUGACUUUUUAUUAUUUGAGUAGGCCAUUUGUUAAUUUAAUAGAUUUUUUUCCAUUUGUAUGUAUGUAUGUUUGUAUUUUAAUUAUUAUUUGUGUCUAUUGCAGCAGCAUAUUGGUCCACAUUUGUUACAGGAUUGAUGCCUAACAAUCUAGAGACCUAUUUAAUAAUUGGUGCAUCCAUGAAAGCAGUACUGUAUACUUGAAACUGUUAAGGUACAAGUUGGUCACAAUGUUAAAAAAAGGUAUGAACAUUUACGUUUGAAAAUAUGCUGCUUUAAAAGGGGGACAACAGCAUUUGUGUUGUAUAUUAAAAAACCUUUUCCUGUACUUGUAGGACUUAAAACAGUGUUACACGUAUACACAGACAUUUAUCGCAUAGGUUGACGUCCUCCCAUCAAUUCUCUGGGCACUUCUGAUGAUCUACAGUUAAAGUCAACAUUUUCAUUUUUCCACAUUUAGUGAUUUCAACAUUGCAAAGUAUUACCUUACAAAGUUUGCUGCUACUGUGUAAAGUUAUUUUGCUUGCCAUACAUUCUCUCAACUUUCUACCAGACAAGAUACUGAUCCAUUAAUUGCUUUGCUUUGCUACCUUUUAUUAUUUUAUGUUAUUUUGCUGUGGAACUAAGAAUGUGAAAGCUGUCAAAGGGUGUUCAAUUUUUUACGAAUCACUUUCUAGUUUGGUAAUUGAAACCAAUGUGAUUCAUUCCAAAGUAACAGAAGGCUAUUUGUAUGAAAGAAAAAGGCUUGUGAACAAAGAAAGCUAAGCUGUUGUACAUAUUCGUAGUUGGCUGUGCAUGGUACAAAUUUAUUAAUAUGAAGAAAUGCAAAAAUGUAUUGCUUUUGGUAUUUCCUAUUCUGAGAUGAGCAAGUAGCAUGUAAUGCAACUGUUUGACAGGUUAAAUCAAAUCAUGCUUAGUUAUUGUUUCAAACAAUGAAAUCAAGUAACAUUUCCUUUUAUGUUUUAUUAUUGUAAAGGUGUUUUUUUCAAAGUUUUAAAGCAAAAUGUCAGACUUUAAUUUUCUGCGUGAGCUUUUUAAAUGUCAUUUUUUGGAUUUUUAGUAUUUUGACAUUUACUUUAAUCCUGAAGACACUUUUCGAUUGUGUUUCAUAAGAGACAUCCUGGCCUCCCAAGGUGCAAUUCUGCCAUUGUACAAACAUGAGCGACUGUCCGGAUUCCAAAGGCUUUCACAACUCUGGCUUUUUGCCUUUCCCCACUCGGUGGCUCAGCAUUAAAAGACUGAACUGUCAGCUAGCAUCAUGUGCUAAGAUGUUAGCCUCAGACAGGACGCUUUCCACACCAAGGACUGGUAAAAGCUAACAAACCAACAAAAAGGAUGGUCCAACAAUAUAACUGUACAUAGAUAUUGCAACUGCACAGCAGCCAAAAAGAAAAAAAAAAAGAACUUUUUAAAAACAAACGGAUGGAUUGUGUCAUGUUUAUGGGGACAGCCUUCAAAAGGUUGAAAUUGGAAUUGUUCUUCUGGAUGUCAAAGGGAUUUUCAUGGCGCAAUCAUAUCCUACACAAUAUGUACUCUUCAACAUCUGGGUUACAUAGGAAAUGCACCCUGAGGUUUUAAUAAGAAGAAGCCCCUAUGGCUAAAACUUUAAAUAAACUAAACCAAAAAUGUUAUUGAUGUUUUAUAUAUAGAGAGUAGUCGCAUUAGUUUUUGUUACUGUACUGUUUGAGGUCUCAACUGUACCGUAUCACGGUAAUAACAUGGUUUUGAAACCGUUUUUUUAUUUUGUCACAGACCUGUUGUCAUAGUUGAAAUGACGUUUAUUGUAGAUGGUAUUUGAACAACUUCUGGAAAUAGUUCAUCAAGUAUGUUUGUUGCUCAUUGUUGUGAUACAUUAAAAACUGUAUCUGCAAACCA